AACAACAAGAAGAAUGACAUUCCCACAACAAACAUUGAUGACAUUCCUGAAAAAUCUACAACCAUUCCAGAAAAGUCCAGAAACAUUCCUAAAAAAUCUAGAAACAUUCCUGAAAAAUCAUCAAGCAUUUCAGACAAAGUGAGUACCAUUCCUGAAAACAGUGCAAACAUUCCAACAAAUGAUAACAGUAUAAUCCCUAAAGGCCAGUCCCUGAAAACAAAAGAGGCUAACAAACUAAACAAUGGCAACAACGUAGAACACAUUAAAGCUCAUAAUAGUGCUGUUAGUAGUAAUGCUAAAGUGGCUGUUGGUGCCAAGAAACCCAAUGGGAUUCUUAAACAAGCUCCUGAGAAGAGGCCAGAUGCAAAUGGCAGUGGACAUAACUCUACAAUAGAUGCAGCUAGGUUGAAGCAACUGGUUCAAGAAAAAGGUUUGAAACAUUCUGUGUCUAC